AUGCUGACAUCUUCGCUGACUUUCUCUUUCAUUAGCGCCUCUGUUCUGCUCUAUUUCGCUGUAUUCUCUGGACGACACAAGAAGCUGAGCAGCGAAAGACGGCGUUUGGUCUCUUCAUCUUCUGGCGGUGUUGCUGCCAACAAUGGCAAUGAAACGCUCUCCAGUGACGUUCCGCUGAUGUCGUUCCACGAUAUGGUGUCCUAUCUUGACGGUGUGAUGGCGUCUGUUGAGAGUCGCUCCCGAAGAGUGGGAGCGAAAAGAUGGUACCCAUCUUCCACAUUAUUAAUUCAUACCUGACAAAGCAGCGAAAUUUCGCGACUGACGAUGCCGUCAUAGCAGAGCGAAACGGGUUGGCGAGACAGCUGGCGUAUACAUUGGGAGCGCACGAAAUGAAAAUCCGGCACAGCUGACGUGCUUUGAGGGAGAAGCGGGAUGUGUCACGCUAUGAGGCCCUCAAAAGGGAGGAAGGUACUUCUUUGCCCUGACACUCAGGAACGCGGAAGAAUCACUGGAAGAGCUGGUGCUGCAGGUGCUCGACGUCAUCGACUUUCUGGGGCCCGGUAAUGUCUAUUUGUCCAUUUAUGAGAAAAGCAGCGAAGACCAUUCGAAGGACUUUCUGGUCGGCAUGGACCUUCUCCUCACUCUGUUCCAUGCGCAUCAUGGCAUCGUAACUGACACUGAGGGGCGACCAUCCGACGUCAACGCAGUCGAGUACCUCGCCAAAAAGCGCAACAGGGCGCUCGAGCCUUUGAUGGAUGGAAACAGCGGUCCAUUCGACAGGGUGGUCAUCCUGGAUGGCCUCGUUCUUGAGUUGCUACACGAGGCUAGCACGCAGGGGGCUGACAUGGCGUGCGGCACCGACUUCCGAUUGCUAGAGGGCGAGAAUGAGAAAAGGCGUCGUCUUGGAUUCGCAUGCGCUACACGGAUGUGGCGAGAGCGCGAGACUCUGAAACAGGGAGCUGGACCAAAAGGACAAAUAUGUGCAGUGAGCUGUGUGUAGACAGCGUGCGUGUGCGUGCGCGCGUGCGUGUGUGUGUACACGUCUCGCGUGUUGUUUCGCUUAUCCGCAUGCUCGCAUGCUACUCAGGUUCCUGCUCAAGUGUAUCUCACAUCGAGUAGUCUUGAGGGUCUUGGUCUUCCGGCGUCGCUCUUGUCAUCGUCUUUCUACUCUGCGUUUGCGCGAGCGCACCAGCCAGGUCUGUGCAUUCAAGCCAAGCUCCCGCACAGCCUUAAGUGUGCGGGGGUUGCCGUCCCUGUCGAUGUAACGUGAGGGCUGUUAGUUGUAACCCAACCGCCUCUUGGUCGGGGAUUGCUGGGGUCUUGA